GACUUUGAGGUUUUGAAGCUCAUCAGCUCCGGCGCGUACGGCAAGGUGUACCUGUGCAGGAAACACACCACCGGGGACAUGUACGCGAUAAAGAUCAUGCGCAAACGCGAUUUGCUCUACAAGAACAUGACCUCGCAGGCUAUGGCGGAGAGGGAUGCGCUGAUCCACACGGAUAACCCGUUCAUCAUCAAGCUGUUUUACUCGUUCGCGUCCCACAGGCACCUGUACAUGGUGACCGAGUACGCCAACGGCGGCGAUUUAUACUCGCUGCUUCAGAACCUCGGGCGGCUGGGCGAGGAUCACGCGAGGCAGUACGCGGCUGAGAUCAUCCUGGCGCUCGACUACUGCCACGAGAGGGGCAUCAUCCACCGAGACGUCAAGCCCGAUAACCUCCUCAUCGCGGCGAACGGGCACAUCAAGCUGACGGACUUUGGCCUCUCCAACAUCGGCAUCUCGCGCGACCAGCGCCAUCACGGCGGCGGAAGCGGCGAGAACAGCGAGGCUGGCGGCAAGGGAACCCCCGACUAUCUCGCGCCGGAGGUUUUACUCUGCGAACCUUACGGUCCCGAGGUUGACUGGUGGGCGUUGGGCGUGGUCGUCUUCGAGUUACUCGUCGGCGUUCCGCCGUUUCACGCCUCGACGCCGGUUGAGAUUUUCGAGAAUAUCCUCUCGGGGAACAUCGCCGACGAAGAGGAGGACGAUGGCCUGUCCGCCGCCGCGAAGGAUCUCAUCAAGGGUUUGCUGCAUCCGGACGCAUCGCAGCGUCUCGGGUCGCGGCCCGGCGCGGCGGACCUCAAGGCGCACCCGUUCUUCGCCGGAAUCGACUGGGAUAAGAUGUUC